CUGUUCAUGUCAGCAGUGUCACCGCGUAUGAUCGAUCACUUUUCCUUCGUCCAUUUCACAGCUGUCUUGGCGAAGUCAACGUGUCGAUUGGCCAGAACUCGGGGGAGCAAUUCGGUACAAUGGGGCUCACUGGGAACAUGGAGAAGCUGUUGACCCCUUUGAGACGCGAUGAACCUGCCAGAAAUCUGCAAGCAUCUUCGCAAAGCUACGAUACAACCAACACUCAUGGUUUCCGCGGAGCAUAGAGGAGCAAGUGGCUCCCGGCGGUGGUUGAUGCUUUCUCCUCGCAUCAUCUCAACUUACAGACGGUAGGAACCCCUUUCUACCUACUCUUCAGCCAGUUUGUUCUUUCAAAGAGCUAUCUAUGCUCAUCUGCACUUCCAAAACCACACCUUAAGCCCUUUGCGCAGCGAAAACUGCCAUGGUUACCAUCCUCGAUGGCGUCCCAGUCGUCAUUCCGCCGCCCAAGGGGUAUGAAGUCGACUUCAAUAACCCUCAACGGAACAGCGAAAUCGAAGCGUACUGGCUGUUCGGCGUUGGAAACUUCUUGGCAGUCUUAUUUGUUUUCCAACGGAUCUACGUGCGGGCAGUCAUUCAAAAGACAAUACGUCUUGAAGAUGCCUGCUUAGGCGUUUCCUAUGUCUUUUCCGUCGUUCUUCAAACGCUCAUCAUCCGCGAUUUCGCUCGCGGUGUCAUGGGCACACAUGGCUGGGAGAUGCCGAUAACGAAAUUCGCCCUGUUUGUACGCGCGCUAUACCUGCUUCCGAUCCUCUACAACCCCGUACAAUGUGGCGCCAAGAUGGCAUUGCUUCUUGUCUAUAGGCGGCUUGCACCGCAGAAAUGGUUCCAUGUUGCGGUUUGGUUCACGGGGUUUGUGGUCGUUGGAUCGUCUGUCGCUAUCACAUUUGUCACCAUUUUCCCCUGUCGACCAACGCAAGCGGCAUGGGACAUGACCAUCACGGACUCGGAAUGCAUUGAUCGAAACGCUGUAUACAAGGCUACGGCAGCUCUCGGCGCCGUCACCGACACCAUGGUACUCGCAGUGCCUAUUCCGGUCGUGAUACCGUUGCAGAUCUCGAUGAGGCAGAAGAUCGGGCUGAUAGCUUUCUUUGGAAUUGGCGGGGUGACUGUCUUUACAUCUGUUAUGAGACUUGUGGCGCUCAUCAACUCCAUGGGCGACGAGGACCAAUCUUGGGGCGGUGGACCGGUCCUCCUCUGGAUCUUCGCUGAGGCCAAUCUCUCCGUCAUAUGCGCCAGCCUCACCACGAUCAAGCCCUUCAUCAAGCACAUUUUCCCUCGGAAUUUGGGCUCGACCGACCCAUCGUCGAAUGGUCACGGUGGCUCUGCCUUCUCCAACCCAAAUGCCCCGCCUACUAUCGGGGAGAUCGCUACGAGAAACCAGAAGAGACAUGAUCGAUAUGAACGCUUCGAUGAAGGGUCCAUGUAUCCGCUGGAGACGGUGGGAAGUGCGGAGGCGUCCAAAAACCAUGGCCCUAGUGUUCAGGUUGUCGAGGCACAGCAAGACGGUUGGCAAGGGUCUAGCCACAUUCAAGGCGAGGACUCUGGCUCUGAGAAAGCUAUUGUACAGACACGUCUUGGGCCGUGAUUGGUUUCAUGAAGUGCAAUAUCAAGCAUUGGCCCAUAAUGAUCGUCUUGGAAGACUCGACUCACAAAUCAAAUUGCUAAGUUACUCUUGCCGAGAUACCACCAGGCUCCGAAUGGGCGACAGAGUAUCUUGUUACAAAUCAAAGCAUGACCGAUUCCUGCUCCCGUGGGCGCUAGUUUGGUUCUUGAAGUCAUUGAUCAGCAUCGAACUCUACAUAAGAGUCCGCACUCCCUCAUCAUCAUC